AUGGAGUCCAGUACCCCUUGUUCUGAAGCGUCUACCCUCGCUAAUGCUCUGAUGCAGGCAAUUAAAACGAUGCAACCCUCAAGGUCGCAACAUUAUUAUGUGUCUAAUUUCGACCCCUCAAUUAAUGACAUUGGAGCAUGGUGCGAAGAGGUAGAUCGUGCUAGGGAAGCCAACGGUUGGAACGAUCACGAAUGCUUGUCGCGCGUGGCGACGUGUCUUAAGGGUGACGCUAAAGUUUGGUUAGGUGAAUGGGUUUCGAAUGACCGGACCUGGUCUAAGUUUAAGCGCGAGUUCAAACCUCUCUGUCCCGGUAAAAUAGACUACGCCAACAUACUGUUCGAGGCAAUGAAUACAACUUCGGAUAAAUAUUCAAGUUACGCUGAAUACGCUCGCCGUACCUUGUUGCGUUUGAGAAUAGUUCAGGGGUUAAGCGACGACUUAAGAACCCUCAUUGUAAUACGUGGUAUAGAUAACGCUCAGGUGCGCGCCGCAGCCGCUAAUGCCAGUCUAGCCCCUGACACAAUUGUUUCAUUUCUAUCAAUUUACUCAAAGCCCUUCGCAGGAAAACGGGACAGGGUGGUCGAACAUAAAAAGCAUAAUCAAAUGACAAAGUUAGGCACUACUACUACGACGGGUCCGAAAUGCUUUAAUUGUAAUCGACAUGGUCACAUCAGUCGCGUCUGUAGGCGACCCAAGUCUAAUGCAUCCGGUAGCCGGCCGCCUCAUGUGUCUUCCGACGCGACCUUCAAUGCGCAACCGUCAUCGAGUAACACUUGCACAUUCUGUAAAAAACCAGGACACACUGAAGACAAAUGCUUCACGAAAGCAAAGUCAGAACAACGUAAUCAACGAAACGUCAAUCUCUGUUCUUAUAGUUCUAGCUCUUCACCGAAUAGCGAUAUAACUUCAGCGAUCAUAGACGGUAUUCCAGUAGACGUGCUCAUUGAUAGCGGAGCCCUAGACGUGUCUCUUAUUUCUUCUAAUGUUUUAAAGUAUUUCACUUGUCAACCUAAGCCAAAACGUUGUGUGUUGAAGGGUCUCAGUGAUCGGGAAGUGAUUGCGACGUCCUACGUUACACUUACCGUAGAGUUUAGCGACAUCUCGAUUGAAGUAGAUUUAGUAAUAGUUCCAGCAUCUUUUAUGAAUGCGCCUAUCAUAAUUGGAACCGAUGUAUUAAAUCGCGACGGCAUUACUUACAUUCGAACUAAAGAUAGACAAUAUCUCACGCGUGCAGACACGAUAAAUAAAGAGGUUAACGCUAUCGAUAAAAGCGAUGAGUUACAACUGAACACACCUUUAAAGGGUGCAGAAUUGGAAAGCCUUAUGUCUGUUAUAAACGAUUUUUUGCAGUUUUUAAUAAAAGGGACCGCUGUAACUACGGUCCGAACAGGAGAAAUGGAAAUAAGGCUUACCAGUUCUACUCCUGUCGUUUAUAAACCGUAUAGGCUGUCGUAUUCCGAAAAACUUAAAGUACGGGAAAUAACUCAAGACCUCUUAGAGAAGGGAGUCAUUAGGCGUUCUACAUCUGAAUACGCGAGUCCAAUUAUCCUAGUGAGGAAACGCGAUGGGUCGGACAGACUUUGCGUAGAUUUCAGGGCACUAAAUCGUAUAACUGUAAAAGACCGUUACCCGCUCCCACUAAUAGACGAUCAUAUUGAUAGGUUAGGCAGUUAUAAGUUCUUUUCUUGUCUUGAUAUGGCUACUGGUUUCCACCAGAUCCCUUUGAAAGAGGAAUGUAUACACCUGACAGGGUUUGUAACACCAGAAGAACACUUCGAAUAUGUCAAAAUGCCUUUUGGCCUAGCCAAUUCUCAGUAG